GCCUCUCCACUCACCCCUUUCUCUCUCUCCCUGCAGAAUGUGAGGCGCCUCCUCCAGAACCCCAAGGUGACCGAGCUGGACGCUGCCCGCCUGGUGAUGCUCUAUGCCCUGCACUAUGAGAGGCACAGCAGCAACAGCCUGCCAGGGCUGAUGGCAGAGCUCAGGACCAGAGGUGUCUCCGAGAGGUACAGGAAGCUCGUGGCUGCUGUCGUGGAGUACGGAGGGAAACGGGUGCGGGGCAGCGACCUGUUCAGCCCCAAGGAUGCUGUAGCCAUCACCAAGCAGUUCCUCAAAGGGCUGAAGGGCGUGGAGAACGUGUAUACCCAACACCAGCCUCUCCUCCAGGAGACUCUAGAUCAGCUCAUCAAAGGGAAGCUGAAGGACAGCCAGUACCCCUACCUGGGUCCCAACACUCUGCGGGACAGGCCUCAGGAUAUCAUCGUGUUCCUCAUCGGGGGGGCCACCUACGAAGAGGCGCUGACCGUCUACAACCUGAACCGCAGCAACCCCGGCGUGCGCCUGGUCCUGGGGGGCACCACCAUCCACAACACCAAGAGCUUCCUGGAGGAGGUCACAGCCUCGGGGUUCCGCGGCCGGGGCGCCGACGCCGCUCAGGCCACGCCGAGGUCCAGCAGCAGACGGUGA